CUCAAAGGACUCCGCAUGGAGCCUACAAAAUUACAGAAAGCUAUUGUCAUAGCACAGAAGGCCUCAGAGGAAGACCAGGCUGGGAACUAUGAGGAGGCCAUCCGCUCCUACCAACAUGCUGUCAAGUACUUUCUGCACAUUGUAAAACGUGAGCCCCAGGGUAAAGAUGGCAACCAGAAGAUCAGAGAUCAAUGUAAACAGUACCUGGACAGAGUGGAAGAACUACAGGAGUAUCUUGUGAUUAAAGAGAAAGCCAUUGAUCUUGCCAGCAAGGCGGCUCAGGAGGAUAAAGCUCAGAAAUACGAGGAGGCUCUGCGUCUUUACCAGGCUGCUGUUCAGUACUUCCUCCAUGUGGUGAAAUAUGAAGCACAGAGUGACAAAGCUAAACAGAGCAUCCGGGCAAAAUGUGCCGAAUACUUGGACAGAGCAGAGAAGUUGAAGGAGUAUCUAAAGAAGAAAGAAAAUGCUCCUCCCGCUAAGCCUGUCAAAGAGUCACAGUCCGAUGACAAAGGGAAUGAAAGCGAUGAAGGUGAUGAUCCAGAGAAAAAGAAGUUUCAAAAUCAACUCUCAGGUGCAAUUGUUAUGGAGAAACCAAACAUCAAAUGGAACGAUGUUGCUGGUUUAGAGGGAGCCAAGGAGGCACUGAAAGAAGCUGUUAUUCUGCCGAUCAAAUUCCCCCAUCUUUUCACAGGAAAGAGAACUCCAUGGAGAGGGAUCUUGCUCUUUGGACCUCCAGGUACAGGAAAGUCCUAUCUGGCUAAAGCUGUUGCCACAGAGGCAAACAACUCAACCUUCUUCUCCAUCUCCUCAUCUGACCUUGUCUCCAAAUGGCUGGGAGAGAGUGAAAAGUUGGUGAAAAAUCUUUUUAGCCUUGCCAGGGAACACAAGCCUUCUAUCAUCUUCAUUGAUGAGAUCGACUCCCUGUGUGGCUCAAGAAGUGAGAACGAGAGUGAGGCUGCUCGCCGUAUCAAAACAGAGUUCCUGGUUCAGAUGCAGGGUGUGGGGAAUGACAAUGAAGGAGUUCUGGUACUUGGGGCAACAAAUAUCCCGUGGACCCUAGACUCAGCCAUCAGAAGAAGAUUUGAGAAGAGGAUCUACAUACCGCUGCCUGAAGAGCACGCCCGCUCCUUCAUGUUCAAGCUCCAUCUGGGCUCGACCCCCAACAGUCUCAACGAGACUGACUUUGUCACUCUGGGCAAAAAGACAAAUGGAUACUCUGGAGCAGAUAUCAGUGUCAUUGUCAGAGACGCUCUAAUGCAGCCUGUUCGAAAGGUCCAGUCAGCAACCCACUUCAAACGGGUACGAGGUCCAUCAAGAGAUGACCCCAACAUUUUAGAAGAUGACCAAUUGACUCCUUGCUCACCUGGCGAUCCCAACGCGAUUGAAAUGACAUGGAUGGAUGUACCUGGGGAGAAGCUAUUGGAACCUGUAGUAUGCAUGUCUGACAUGCUGAGGUCUCAGGCCAACACAAAGCCAACAGUCAACGAACAAGACCUGGGCAAACUGAAAAAAUUCACAGCAGACUUUGGACAGGAAGGCUAGGUGGGAUGAUUGAGCCAAGCCAAACCAAAGGAAAUGUGAUUGUCUCUACUUUACUGUCCUUGUCCCUUUUUUCUCUCUCUCUCUCUCUCUCUCUCUCUCUCUCUCUCUCUCUCUCUCUCUGUCUCAUCAUUACCAUUCACCAGGCUUCGUGGUUUAUCAUAAGUGGACAAGAUUACUGCGUUGUUUUGCCAAUUUGAUAACCACGCAACGAGUGGAAGGACCGAGUUUUAUUCCAUAUAACCAUUGUCCAAAGACGAUUAAAGACUUCCCAUCUGCAGCUGACCUUUUAUAAAAGAAUCAAUACAACAAAGCAACUUAGGGAAACUAACGUCAGACAUACGCAACAAUUAUGGCAAAAAAGGCUAUUCAAAUGGAGAUAAUUUAUUUUAGGUUCGGACGAGCUCUAGUGUCCCUAUUUUUCAGUCAGAAUGCAUCUCACUAGACUACAAUACCCCUUAUGUAUUCCUCUAUUUUAUAUUAAGAAAAAACAAGCAUUUUAUAGUGUAAACUGUACUUUGUGGAAUGUAUAAAUCUUGGGCUGGGGGAGUGAAGCGGGGCGUGAGUUUAUAGGAUUUGUCGUGGUGAAAUAUGUCGUCUCAAGGUGGUGAACGUUUAAGAGUUCUUGAGACGGAUACUCAGGAUGAGAGCUGCAUUAAACCCUGUACAAAUUUUAGAUUGUUAGUCCAGUUUCCUAACAACAAAGGACAAUUGUAUUUGUUUCAUUUGUCAUUUGAAUUAAACACGGCUACAAGGGUGGAUCACCAAUGUUGCCAGAUCAACAUUAUUUUACAAUUUUUCAAGGACUCAAUUGCUUUUAAUUGCUUUGGCACUCAGCUCAUGUUUUGUUUUUUUCACAACGUACUGUACAUAUUUUUCACUACUAUCCACAGGCUUGCUGGUUAUCCUUAAUAUAAACUGCAAACAACUAAGCCUUAUGUUAAGAUAAAGUCAAAUUAUAAAUUUUGAUCAAACAAAACUGAGUUGGACACUGAUGGCUCAGGUGGAGAGAUCAUCUUCUUGUAUACCUAACAAUAUAGGACUGCAUCUCCAAGCAUGAACUAUAUGUAGCCAUGAGUGGCAGUGUGCACCAUGUGCCUUCUAGAGAAGCUGCAAGAUUUAUUUUUAUUGGUUUAUUUCUUAAUUGGUCAUACUUCUUAUAUAUCCAGUUUGUUGUCAGUACAACUAAGAAAUGUAUAAUACUUUCACAAUACAUGUAAGCUCUUGAGUUUUGAUGGGGAAUAUCUCUUACUUUACUGUAAAUGUCUAUACAUAUAGCCAACUCUUGAUCCUUUUCUUUGUGAAGCGGUUACCCAUGCAUAAGAUUUUCUGUUUUGUUUCAAUAAUGUAAAUAAAAAGUUAUAGCUACAUAAAGAAAA